UAGACGCGGAUUCGUGCAAAUGGCGUCACUGCCAGUAUGAGCGAGCGUAUGCCGUCUAAUAACGCGUACGGGCCUCGUCCGGGCGCGGCGCCGCGCGGCCCAGCCUGACGGCGAGCGUGAGUGCGACGAUAUUGGUCGACAUCGAAAGAAAAUUAAUACAAGGGGAUCGUUAAGUUUCGUCGUCAAGUUACAACGGUGUGUACGUAUCAGCGACGAGUGGUGACACGCAGUGAAAAGGAGAGAGUGGCGCUAAAGAGGGAUGCAGGCCGAACUGAUAUACAGAAAGCCGUUGACAAUGAUGACCACGACACCGAGCCAGAGUUUUCAUCGUCCAGGAAGGAAGGAGAAUAGCGGCAAGGAUUCCCGCGAGACCAUACAUUCUGGCCAUUUUAUGGUGUCCGAUUUCGAAGCGGAGGCCCAGGACGACGAGGAUGAACUCGCUGUCCCAGUUCCUGACGAGGAAGCUGCCAAGAUCGCGAUUAUCGCUUCGACAGGACUUUUGCAAGAGAAAUUUGCCAGCAGCUCCUCGAACGACAAAACGUCCCAGCAGCUCAGCAUUGAGACCUCUUUGAACAAGUUGUUCCAGUGCAUGUCCCUUGCAUACAGACAGAAAUUGACAUCGCCCAAGUGGAAUCGGUUCAAAGGUAUCAGGCUGAGAUGGAAGGACAAGAUCAGACUGAACAACGUGAUAUGGAGAUGCUGGCACAUGCAAUUUAUAUUGAAGCAGAACACGCUAGUAUGCCAGUUUGCGUCCCCGUUGGAUGUUGAUACUCACAAUAAACCUGAGGCAGUAGUCUUAGAGGGCAAAUACUGGAAGCGAAAACUAGCUGCAGUUACUGCGGAAUACAAGAAAUGGCGUAUGUUCUACCGGAACAAAAUCCUUGGUUGGACAAACAAGGAUGGCACCGAAAUGAUGGAAUCGAUGGACGUGUUAGAUUGGGGCAGUGGAUUGGGAACAACGGGCAAUUUUGGAGCAGGUACAGGCAACACACACGGAGGGACCAGUGGGACUCCAGGUGGAGAGAGUAUGAUGGUUGAUGAAGAUUACAUGGAGCUUAUGACUGAUACGUUAUUUUCAACAAUCAGUUCAAAUCAACCAAUAUACUUUCCCGAUCCCAGAGAAAUUGCGCGUGGAGCUAGUCUGGCGGAUUUUAUACAACCCAGCUUGGGACCACUCCAGCCAAAUUUAGAUGAUUUUAUGGACACUCUUGAACCGUUACAAGAAUUUUUAAAUUCUAAGUUGCCCCCUGUCCCCGAAGAGGACGACAUGUUUCGAAACAGUACCUUGAACGCGAACUAUCCUGAUCUCGACUUGAUGACGCCUAUGAAUCAGAUCAACGAGCUAAGCCAAGAAUCCGCAGUAAAGAAUGACCAAACCGCACAACAGCCAGCGUUGGCACAGGACGAACAAGGAAGUAGUAUACAGAAUCUUCAAUACACCGCUAAAAUAUAUACUCAACCUCAGCCAGAGCCAACAAAUACAUUCAGGAAUGAUAUAACUCUGAAUGAGAACUAUAGCACCAUACAACAAAACUACGAACCUACUUCAACCAGUCAACCUGUUAGGGAAAAAGGUCGGUCAAGUAGAAUUUCCUCGAGGACUAGCCGAGUGAUUCAACAGCCUCAGCAGCAACGGAACACGUAUCAAAGAACAACGCAACAAUCGCAACAAAAUUCGACAUAUCAACAAACUUCGCAGCAACCAUCUUACGCCAUGGAAAUUCAAUCUGUUCAGUUGGCAUCAGUUCAAAACCAAGUGCAGAUGACAAGGUUGAAUGAACAGCCUGUUCACGCGAAUCAAAUCGCGCCUAUCACUGCUGGCCACGUUCAAAAUCUGGUGACGGUGCAACAAAAUUUUGGACAAACAAAUUCUACAGUGUCGGCACAACACAGGAACAUCAGGCCUCUGCCAUCGGUCGCGCCCAUUUCAACAAAACCGUACAAAGUCGUUCAACCGCAACAAUGUUGUUACAAGUUCUCCACACUACCGCAAAGUUUUAAUGCGCAGCAAUGCAAAUUCAACGUUAAUAAUUUCAAGACACACCCACCACAACAAGUCGUAUCGGUUUCCGCGGAGCAACCUUCGCAAUCGUCGAUACUGUUGCAAUGCAGACCCUCCGGCUUAGAUCUCACUACGCCGACUGUACAGACGACAAAAUUGUUGCCACAACCUGCUGUGUCAAAUUCGGAGAAAGAAGAAGUAUUUGCUGUGCCCAAGUAUCAGAUAAAAGCAAGGAAUAGAUCUCGAAGUAGCUCGUCGUUAACCACACCAAGAAUGCACCCGCCACCAUUAGUAUCAGCGGCGAGCGAUCCCGCACUAAAUCUAAAUAACAAUGUUUUGCUCGCACAGUUACUCACGAAUAACACAUCUGGUGUACACACAAUGAAUAUGCCAGCUGAUAAUAUAGUGCCGACAGUGACCCAAACAGCCACUACCAUGAAACACAUCUUACCUAUGCUUCCACCUUCAGCUUCGUCUACGCAGGUAACAACUGCUCACCAUAUUACCACGCCGGUCACUGUCCAAACGUCUACGGUGCAAGUGCAAUCACAACAACAGGUAAUGCAACAGACUACUUGCAGCCAACAAAUGUUAUUAAAUACAAACACCCCAGCGCAUCAGCCGCAAAAUAGUCCCGGGUCACCAAAGGAUAGCUCUAACGCGCACAGUCCUCAAGGGUUAAGCCUCAGUCCUUUACAUAGUCCGAUGAGUAUAGGAAGCCCAUUGUCACCGAGUCGAAGUUACAUAAAAGGUGAAACUGAACGGGGACAAUAUAAGGAACAGAGAAGAGUCGGGCACAUUCACGCGGAACAAAAGCGUAGAUAUAAUAUUAAAAAUGGAUUUGAUAUGCUGCAUAGUUUGAUACCGCAGCUUAGCCAAAAUCCGAACACAAAGAUGAGCAAGGCUGCUAUGCUACAAAAAGGAGCAGAUUAUAUCAGGCAGUUAAGGGCGGAGAGGAAUCAGUUGAAAGAGGAGAUGGAUAGUUUAAGACAUCAAAUCGAGUGCCUUAAUACGUCUAUUAGUAAUUGUCAAUCUAUGCUUCCUGCAACGGGUGCUCCAAUUUCUAGACACAGAACUAGCAAAAUGAAGGAAAUGUUCGAUGAAUAUGUACGCACGCGUACAAGAGAGAAUUGGAAAUUUUGGAUUUUCAGUAUAUUACUUGAACCUCUGAUGAUUUCUUUCAAUUCCUCGGUAUCAACUGCGAGUGUUGAAGAUCUAUACAGAAGUACAAUAUUGUGGGUUGAGCAACAUUGCUCACUCGUUGAUCUCAGACCAGCUGUUCUAAACUCCCUAAGAUAUCUGUGUACUGCCACCGAUAUUCUAUCAGAUCCUGGUCGCCUGCCGGAAGAAGCACUCGCAGCAGUUAAUCGCACGGAACGGCGACGAUCAACUCAGUGACCAAUUAUAAUAUACGAAUAAAUCGUGAAGCGUGAUUUGCUUGUAUGUUUAAAAGAACGAGCGAAAGAAAAGCAGUUACCGUAGCAGUAAGCCAAUUUAGGGAAGAAACUUACGUGAAAAUUCUUAAGAUGACCCUUUUUUACAGUAGUAGACGUUAGGGAUGUGCGGGUAUCUGAGCUCGGGUCGGGACCCGAAAGCUUGUGAUACUCGAGUACCCGAAAAUUUCAGGUACCCGACAUCGAAGUCGGGAAGUGGUAGUGCUUAGAUCGAUUCGGGAACUCUAAAAUCUAUAAUAUUCCGAUAUUAUAUACCCGAAUAUUACGUCAUGAGUCGGGUAAUUUUUCAAUCGAAUUUUACACUUAUUCGUUCUUCAAUCUUUAUUGGAUUCAAUUGAAUUUACAAUAUUGCUGCUAUUGUCAAUGAUAAAAAAAAGCGGGCAUAGUAAGAGUAUUCAGUCCGUUUACCCAACGACAUAAUUAAUCCAGCUUUGCGAUUCUAUUAAAUGAAUACUUGAAUAAUGAUUUUUGAUUGAUUGUAAAGUGUAAAUUAUAUUACUUUUUCGGGAAAGUAUGUUUUCUAAAAAUAAGUUAGCGUUUCUUUAUUUUUGCGGAAUAGGAAAAACUAUUGGUUUUGUUAAAUUAUACAGCUACAAGGUAUCAUGAAAAUUCUACAUCGUUAGUAAACACGAGCAAUCUUGAGUGGAUAGAAAAUAAAACUCACAGAAAACUCGCGUAUACAAUGUAUACUAAAUUAACUUAAAAGAAAAAGAUCCAUGGAUAACUGCGACGACAAUAUCAAGUGCUCUUGGCGACUUUCGACCGACUAAAAAGGAAACCCAAAUAAAAAAAGGCUUAUUGUCAAAUGCUGGCAACGUUGUAACAGUUACGCGAACAAAAUUAAUACCCCAAAAAGUCGAACAAUUAUGUUUUCUUCACAGUAAUUUAAAAUAAAAUAGUUUUCAUAUAAUAUUUUCAUAAUAUUUUCAUAUUAUCAACUGUUUUCUUUGUGGAUUUUUAAAAUUUGAUUUCACUUAUAUAGAAUACAAAAAUAUUUAUAAAUUUGAAAGAAUAAAUGUAAAAUCCGAUUGAAAAAUUAUCACUCUGACCAGUGAUGUAAUAUUCGGUUACCCGAAUAUUAUAGAUUUUUCGGGUACACGAGUAUCACAAACUUUCGGGACCCGACCCGAACCCGAAAUGCCGCACACCCCUAGUAGACGUUCAGGUUUCCUUUUACAACGAUUACAGUUGAGAAUGGAAAGAACUUAAAGUGCAAUUUGUCCCUAUUCUUCACAAAAUUGUGAUCAUAAAAUUUAAUAACUAAUUAUUAAGAAUAUAUGAAGAUGUACAUGAAUUUAACAUCUCAAACAUUAGACAAAAUAUAUACUAUGAUAUACAGACUGUUACAAA